CCAAGUCUUCAGGUCCAUUUCUCUUAUCUCUCCACCCCCUUCCAUUUACUUUGGGUUCAAGAAAUCCCAGGCAGAAAUUUAAGCCAAAAUUAAUGCAAUUCUACACUAAGAUACAGAAAUAUAUAAUUUGAAUAUACAAAGAAGAAGUUAAGUGGGGAAAAAAAAAUGAGUUGCAAUGGCUGCCGAGUACUCCGAAGAGGAUGCAGUGAGAGAUGCCCACUAAGGCCUUGUUUGGAUUGGAUUGAUACCCCAAAAGCCCAAUCCAACGCCACUCUUUUUGUCUCCAAGUUCUUCGGCCGCAGCGAUCUCAUGUCCUUCAUCUCCGCCGUUCCUGACUCCAAAAGAUCCGCUCUGUUUCAGUCGCUAUUGUUCGAAGCAUGUGGCCGGACGGUGAAUCCGGUGAGCGGAGCUGUUGGUUUGUUGUCGACGGGUAACUGGCACGUGUGCCAAUCGGCGGUGGAGACGGUGCUCGCCGGUGGUACGUUACGACCGAUGUUCGGCGUCGUCGGGAAUUGGGGAGCUGAAUCCGACGAAGCGUCGGAAAAAUUGCGUGGCGGUUCGUGGCGAGCGAAGUGCACGAAGGAGUAUUUUGUUCACGGAUCUGAUGACGAUGAUGAGGAAAUGACGAUCGAGCCUGAUCGGAGGAUGUCUCCGGCGUCGGAGACGGAUGUUUCGGAGCUGUCGGCGAGCUACGGAUGUUACGAUGGUGGUGCGGGAAUUGGAGGAGUUGGUGGUGGGAAAGAGCCAAAACUGUUGAAUCUUUUUGUGUAAAAUGACGUUAGCAACCCACUAACGAACUAUGAGUUUUCUUUGUAACUCUGUUUUUUUUUUUUUUUUUUUUGUUUUGUUUGAGUAGAACGAGACAAAUAUUACUCGUCCUUGAGUUUUUGAUUUUGAAAACUCAGAGAGUCGAGAAUCGGCAAAUUGUAAUAGAUAC